AGAUGAGACGGUUUGAUAAUUCAUCAAGUAUCACAUACUAAGAAAAUCUUACAUAGAUCGUAAUCCAGGAGUUAAACCAAGUAUAGCAUUUAAUUUUGUUUUUAGGACGCUCCGCUGAAGCGCUGGCAGUACUCGAGUUUUUGCGUGGUUCCAAAGCAGCUGCAAAUUUGGAACUCAAAGAGUACGCCUCAGAGAAUAAAGUUGAUGAUGCCAAUAAACUGCAACUCGUCAAAAACAGAUUGUUCUUAAAAUCCUUGACUCUUGUCACUAUCCUCUUCGUUGGUGUUCAGUUAAUAGGUUUCAACACUGUUUCCUACUAUCUACAAACGGUUCUCGAAUCUACGCAGACAAGCAUAAAACCAGAAAUAGCUUCACUCAUCAUUGGUUGUAUACAGCUCACUGCGAGUGUGAUCGCAACGUUUAUAACAGACAAGUUUGGAAGAAAACCUAUUUUUUCGAUUUUCUUGAUCGGGCAGAUGUUGGGAAUGAUCGGACUUGGCAGUUUCUUUUAUGUCACAUCAAGUACCAAAUCAGUCGCUGGCUUCAUGAACUUUCUGCCUUUGAUGUCUCUUAUUUUAAUCGUCUUUUGCUACAGCGCGGGACCUGGUUCCAUAAUUUGGGCGCUAACAGCUGAACUGUUUGAUAAUUCAGCAAGAGCCUUCGGUCUCUCUAUAGGCUUGACGACAAAUAUGAUAUCCAUCUUCAUCACCACCAGAUACUUCGCCUCCCUCAUGUCGACAAUAGGGCCGGCAGCUACAUACUGGUCAUUCGGCAUCAGCUGUCUACUUCUCUGUUUAUUUGUUAUAUUUCUCGUACCAGAAACGAAAGGGAAGUCUUUCUCGGAUAUACAAAAAGCCAUGGGCGCUAAAAAGGUCGUAUGUGACGAAGUGGGUGUUAAAUGAUUUUAUGUUUUACCUAACAACGAUAAAGAUACAUUCAAUGCUAUGGGAACGUAAAUGCAAUCCAUAUCUUCGUCUACAAUAAUUUAAUAUACCAUCUCGGUAAGUACUCAGUUCCCCGUGGAAACAUAAAAAUAAAUU